CCAACCAGUUAUUAGAUUGGCUGUCAUUUGAAGAUUCAACAACCGGGAAGGCCAAUCAUAGAUAUGGAUUACAUAUUAUUCUAACAUGCUCAUAAAGAAUGAAACCCCACAAGUAAGCUUUCACCUAACUAAAUCAACCCUGAGUUAACAUAACCCUGUCCGAGUUAUGUAAAAAGUCAGAUUCAACAACAGAUGCCAAACUCAGCAGAGUCAUAGAGGGAACUCAACAAUAUCACUGAAUCAUAAAAGAAUUUGAGACCAAUAUAUAAUUCAACAUACAUAAGUUUAACAAAAAAUGGUCACUACAAUCAGCCUCACAAGUAUGUUAGAAAUAAUCAUUAUAAAAAGACUAGAGAUGACCAAAGCUUACUUGAAGUUAUCCAUAUUGGCUAUAUAUAGCUGCAAUAGAGAAUGCAUAUAACAUCACACUUCCUUCUUUUGUAUUCCAACUUCAACAACCCUAUUUCAGUACAAUCAUUAUCAGCUUGAGCUGCCCUACCACAAAGUUCAAUGGCCAUCCCUCUAUCCAAGAUGGGCAUGCCUAUCAAGCGAGGCCAUAGUGGUACCUUCCGGUCCAAAAAACCCAUUACAACUCCAAAUUCAGAUCGGAAAUGGACCUCUCUGGGGCUAUCAAGAAGAGGAGACACAACUAGAAUGCCCAUAAUAAGUGGGGUGGCAUCUCGAAAUGACUCCACCAUUGCAGUCUCGGAUCUUGAAAAAGAGAAAAAGAAUGGAUAUUUGGGUGGAGAAGAAUUGAUAGCUGAAACGCCCAACAGAAGGUUAGCAGACUCUUGGGAAGAGAUCCACGGUCAACAUGAUUGGGAUGGCAUGCUUGAUCCCAUUGACCCCCUCUUGCGAUCUGAGCUAAUACGCUAUGGGGAGAUGGCACAAGCAUGCUAUGAUGCAUUUGAUUCAGAUCCGUACUCCAAGUAUUGUGGAAGUUGUAAAACCGAACCUAGCAAGUUCUUCCAAUAUCUUGGCUACAAACAGUAUGGCUACGAAGUGACCCGUUACAACUAUGCCUCAUACAACGUCAAUCUACCAUUCUUGUUCAAGAAAACCCUGUCGCCCAAUGGAUGGAGACCAUCAGCAAAUUGGAUUGGGUAUGUAGCAGUUUCAAAUGAUGAAACUUCAGCUUAUUUGGGGCGUCGGGACAUAACCAUUGCUUGGCGGGGCACAGAAACAAAGCUCGAGUGGAUUGCAGACUUCACUGACUAUCUAAAGUCAGUUUCACAUGAAAAGAUCCCUUCACCAGAUUCAAGAGUCAAAGCUGAGGCUGGAUUCAUCCAAGUCUACACAGAUAAGGAUAUCACUUGCAAAUUCUGCAAGUACUCAGCAAGAGAGCAGAUUUUAGCAGAAGUCAAGAGAUUGAUUCAAAAAUAUGCAGAUGAAGAACUGAGCAUAACAAUCACUGGGCAUAGCCUUGGAAGUGCACUAGCAACCAUAAAUGCAUAUGACAUAGCAGAGACCGGGGUAGAUGUCAUGGAUAAUGGGCGGGUUGCGCCCAUAUGUGUGUACUCAUUCUCAGGCCCCAGAGUGGGGAAUGAUAGGUUUAAGGAGCGGCUUGAAGAGCUAGGGGUAAAGGUGCUAAGGGUAAGGAAUGUUCAUGACAAGGUGCCUAAAGUACCUGGGAUAUUUUUCAACGAGCAAGUGCCUCCGAUGAUGCAACAGGUGGGUGAAAUGUUGCCUUGGUGCUAUUCACAUGUUGGAGUGGAAAUUGCUUUGAAUCACAAGUGGUCUCACUUCCUGAAAGAAAAAAGUGACCUAGCAUGCUACCAUAACUUGGAGGCUCUCCUGCAUUUGCUUGAUGGCUACCGCGGGAAGGGUCAAAAGAUUGUGCGUACCGACAAAAGGGACCUUGCACUCGUGAACAAAUCAUGUGGCUUCUUAAAAGAUCAUCUUCUGAUCCCACCAAACUGGUGGCAAACUGAGAACAGAGGUCUGGUUGAAAAUCCUACAGGCUUCUGGAAUCAAACUGAGCGGCACGAUCUUGAGGCACAUUUACAACUGGAGGAUGUACAACAUUACCUCUGGCCACUGGGUCUAGGGGUCUAGCUUCUGGUGAUUAAUGUAGUGACCAAUCUAGAGCCCUGGAACAAAAGGAGUACAGGCAGCCGGGUGUUUCUCUGAAUGCAAGUUCCAUGAAUUUGAAGACCUUUUGGGAUAAAAAGACAACCAUUUUUAUGAUGACCUUUAAUCAAUUAAUAGCAACAGUUGGCAGAUUCCUGUGUGUAAUGAAAAGUGACAAUAACUCAUGGUUGUUAAACUCGUGAUUAACUACAAUUUAUUGUGAUUCGUUA